AUGAAGCAUACGAAUAGAGAAAUCGAAUUAUCAAUAUGGCAAUUAUAUGCACUUAUUAUUGCAGCUAUAGUAUGUUUAUUCGCUAUAGCACCAUUCAUUUUUCGAUAUCGAUCGAAUAAAUGUGAUAUUAAAAAGAUAGAAACUGUAGUGGAACCUCAAUCUUAUAAUUCGGAUGUUUCAUCGGAUUAUCAUCGAAGAUAUGUUCGCGACGUUAGCAAUCGUGAUCAAUGUAAUAUUGUUCCACCUAUGUGUAGUUCCGCAACAACAAUGGCUCCUGGUACAACCGCAUCAAUAAAAACAACACGAAGUACAGUUAGUACUGUUUCAGUAACACGGCCGAUUAUUACUAAUUUUCCUACAUCACCACUAACAACUACACUGGAUCCAUGGGCUAAUCUUAGUCGACCGUAUGACUCUUGGCGUUUACCAAGUUUUGCAAAACCUAUUGAUUAUACAUUACAUUUUAUUUGUCCUUAUUGUUAUACAUGGUCAGAGAGUAUGCCUAUAACUACAUUCAAUGGAAAAGUAUCUAUUCGGAUUAAAAUUUUAAAUGAAACACAAUUUCUUGUACUUCACGCUAAAAAUCUGAAUAUAACAGAAGCAAAAUUAAUUGAUGGUAUUGAAAACAUAGCAAAUAUAACAUAUUUACCAGAAUAUGAAAUGGUUCAUCUACAUUUUGGUUCUACACCUAUCAGUGUGGGUGACAUCACUCUUCAAAUUGAUUAUACAGGAGAAAUUAAUGAAGAAGAUAAUACAGGAUUUUAUCGUGAAUGGUUUUGGAAGACAAUUGGUGAAUUAAGCUAUUUAUUAGCUGGUAAUUUUCAACCAACGCAUGCACGAAAAGCUUUUCCAUGUUUUGAUGAACCAAGUAUGCAAGCAAAAUUUACUUUAACAAUUGAACAUCCACAAAAUUCAACUAUUGCAUUAUCAAAUAGUGUUGAUGCAGUCCGAAAUGAAUCAUUGACAACAUUUGAAGAAACACCAUUGAUGAGUACUUAUUCAUUUUCUUGGGCUGUUCUACCUUUAGAUGAAUUUCAAUCAGUAACACAAAAUUUUUCGACUACUCAAGUUAAUAUUUGGGUUCGACCAGAAUUGAUUGGUGAAUCAAAUCAAUAUUUAAAUUGGACAUUUGAAGUUGUUGGAAAAACUCUUGAAUAUUUGCAAAAUUAUUUGAACCUAUCUGAUGAAAAUAUACCAACUAAACUUGAUUUAAUUGGUGUGCCUGAUUUAAUUCUUGAUGAAAAAGCUUCAGCAUCAUGGGGUCUUUUAACAUUUCGUGAAGAAAUUCUUAGUACUGAUUACAGUUUAAAUUCUGCUGAACGAUUACAAACACGAACAAAAGCAAUUGUUGAACAUAUUAUACAAACUUGGUUUUCAACAACGGAUUGGUGGGAUAAUAUAUGGUUUGGUAAAUCACUUUCAUCAUAUCUUGCUUAUAAAAUGAUCGAAGAAACAUAUCCAUCAUUUAAAUUGAUGGAGCAAUUUUCUGUGCGAGAAAUGAUUCCAUUAAUGAUGGAUGAUUUUAAACCUAGUAUAUGGCCUGUAUCAAAUAAAGAUUUAACAAAUAAUGCACAAAUUUUUGAUUAUUUAUCAGUAAAUAUUUAUAGUAAAGGUGCAUCGUUUCUUCGUCUACUUGAAUAUAUUAUUGGUAAUGAUGCAUUUCAAGCCGCUGUUAAAGAAAUUGUAUCAAUAAACGAUGUCACAAUGGUAUUAGAAACAUUUUAUUCAAAACUUGAAUUUCCUCAAAUAUUAAAUGCAACAGUUACGCCAAAAGAAUUUCUUCGUUCAUGGCUUGAAGAAAAAAAUUAUCCAUUAGUAACUGUUGAGCUCAUACAAAGCAAUGAUACAACAACGAGUACAAUAAUUAAUUUUCGUCAAGCACGUUAUUAUGGUUCAUUUGAAUACAAUAGUAGUUCAGCGAAUCCAAAUUAUGUUUGGAAAAUUUAUAUGGAAUGUGAUUUAGGUGGUAUACGUGGUGAAAAUUAUUUAAAUUUAACUGAAAAUCAUGUUAAAUCAAGAAUAAAAUUUAUGUUGGAAUCAUCAAGCCAUACAAUUGAAUUACAAAAUGAACAAUAUGCAUGGAUAAAAUGUAAUAAAGAUUUUUAUUCAUAUCAAGUUACAGAAUAUAUGUCAAAUGGACCGGAUAUUUAUGAAUUAUGGCAACAUUUUGUAUACUUAUUUUAUGAAAAUGUGUUUUCUAAUAAUGAUAAAGCUAAUAUACUUAAUGAUGCGUUUAUUCUUCCACAUGGUGGUGAAAUUGUUACUUAUGAUGAAACAUUAAAUCUGGUACGUGAAAUGACUGAAGAUCCAGUUUCUUUGUAUCUACCAUUGUCUGUCUUUGUAUGGCAUUGGAAUUAUUUAAUGGGUAUCGAAGAACAUUCGAAAUAUUUUGGAAAUUUUAAACAAUUUGCAACACGACAGGUUUUGACUCUUUACCAAAAUAAUAUUGAUGAUCUUCUUACACCAACAACAAAUCAUCAAGAAAAGUAUAUAUCAGUAAUUCAAAUUAAUACAUUGUAG